AUGUCGGAGCUUUACGGCAGACGACUUCCAGUCAUAUUUGCUGCUUUUGCCUUUGGUGUGUUCAACAUUGGCGUGGCAGUUGCGAAGGACGUGCAGACUUUGAUGAUUUGUCGCUUCUUCGGCGGCUUCUUCGGCAGUGCCCCCUUGGCAAUUUGCGGUGCCGUAUUCGCAGACAUGUACAGCAACAAGUAUCGAGGCCUCGCGGUAGCGCUGUUUGGCGCCAUGAUCAUCUGUGGGCCCUUGAUGGCCCCAUUCAUCGGAGGCUUCAUCUCGAGCUCAUAUUUAGGGUGGCGUUGGGUCGCAUAUAUCCCGGCUAUGAUAGGUUUCGCCGCCAGCAUUGUGGCAUUGCUCUUCCAAGAUGAGACAUAUGGUCCAGUCAUUCUGGUUAGCAAGGCCGCCGAGCUACGAAGACUGACAAGAAACUGGGGCAUCCACGCCAAGCAGGAAGAAGUCGAAGUCGAUCUAAGGGAGCUCGCUGUCAAAAAUAUCGCCCGUCCUCUGAAGAUUCUGUUCACCGAACCGAUCGUUCUAUUGGUCACGGUGUACAUGUCCUUCCUCUACGGCCUGCUCUAUCUGUCCCUUACCGCCUUCGGCAUUGUCUUUGGCCAGAUCCACGGCUUCGCCCCUGGAAUAUCAGGACUGCCCUAUUUUGGAAUGAUUGUUGGCGUCUUCAUUGGACUCGCUGUAAUCGUGUGGGACGUUCCAAGAUAUGCGAAGAAGCUGGAGGCGAACAACAAUGUGCCUGUUCCUGAGUGGCGGAUGCCUAUAACCAUGGCCGGAGGCGUGGCUUUCACAAUUGGCCUGUUCUGGUUUGGCUGGACUGGAUACACCAACAGCAUCCCGUGGAUCGUCCCAACUCUUUCAGGACUUUGUCUUGGUUUCGGCAUUUACACCGUCUUUAUGGGCUGUCUCAACUACAUUAUCGAUGCCUACUUGAUGUUUGCGGCCUCGGCAAUUGCCGCCAACACCAUUAUGAGGUCUAUAUUUGGAGCCGUCUUCCCUCUAUUCGCAUACUACAUGUUCGAAGGCAUGGGGGUCAACUUCGCGGAAACCCUCCUCGGCUGUCUUGCUGCGUGCUUUAUUCCUAUGCCAUUCCUCUUCUACUGGAAAGGAAAGACGAUACGAGCCAAGAGCAAGUUCGCUCCAGCGCCAGAUAUUGAGAUGGAGAAGAGGCAACGAGACGAGGAGAGCAGAGGCUCGGACGAAGAAACGGAGGCUAACGGCAGUGCCAAGAAAGGGACCAAAGGAGAAUGA